AUGAACGGUUUCGUCGGAGUUGGCUUCAAACUGCUGUUCGUCUUUUGCUUGAUCCACCUGUGGAUUUCAGUUCGGCGAACUAGACGAGUCCACUCGUCCCGGUCCGGCGUGUCGGCUCUUACUGCCAUUGUGGAGCGGAUACAGAAUGUGGAGUUCCGGGUUAGGAUGGACGCGACUGAAGCUUUCUUCUCCGAGCGCACCGAGACCUGGGUAGAGUGCGCGGACGGUGAAAAGCGAACUUGCUUUCCCCAGUCCUCCAACUUCAGUUUGACGCCGCAGUCCAACCUCCAACUUUCUUCCUCCUACCGCUUCCACGGCUUCACGUCAUCGGAAGUGUUGACGAGUGACAGGCCCGAGGACCGCGGGCUCUUCUGCUCCCCCGGCCAAGUCCCCUUGCAUCUGUGCCGGGAGAACCCAUCGGAGAAGAAUGCGGUACUAGCCAUCCUCGUGCCGUCGAAGCCGCGUUACAUGCGAGCUGCCCUGAUGCCGGAGGAGGGGGGGGGCUUGCAGGAGGUCAGAAGUACUCGGAGGACGCGGUGGUUCCACAACAUCGAGAUCGUGCCAAGGGAGCAGUUGUCGUACCGCCAGGUCAAACUCAAAGGAGGGGAAAGGGCGAUUUCUGUUGCGUGCGAGGAAGACGAGAAGUGUGCGGGGUUUGACAACCGCGGAAAUCUGUACAGAAGUGCGCAGCGAGCAGAUCUUAUCCACCUUAGCAACACGUCGACGACGCGAUUCUAUACGAAGAAAAGGAUAUCAGCAUUUCCGCAGCCAUUCUUUGACGCCCAGAACCGCGUUUGGAAGUUAUACGACUCUGACCUGCCGGAGGAUGCAAGCGUUGUUGACAAGUGGUCGGGUAAUGUGAAGCAUUUGGCCGAAAGAUGCAGGAAUUCGAGCCAAUCGUGCUUCGCUUUUCAUGAAAACGGCCGAAUUAUCGAAAAAUCAACGUUUCCGGCGUUUCAUUCGAUGAAGCAGGAUUCUGUUCUUUACUUCAGAGAGGACCCUGGGCCCUCCGACUACUUGAUACCAACAAUUAACAGCAUCUUGUCCGAGACAGGCUUCUGCAAAACUAACAUGUUUCAAGGGAAAAUUCAUAUUUACGUUGUCGAUACAUCAGAGGAUGGGCGCAAUGACGCGGCGGCCUACCUGUCAAAAACGUACCGGAACAUGACUUGUCUGUCGGUUCUCAACGGGUUCGAGUACGGCAGGUUGCAGGAGCACGCUCUGCCGGCCUGGGGGGUCCCGCGGAACGGCAAGCGGACGGAGGUGAACCAGACCCUCGAUAUUGUGUCUGCUGCACAAAUUGUUCAAUCUAGGUCCCCCAAGGCUUUUUUUUUACUGUGGGAGGACGACUGCAAGAUGUGCGCCGGGAGCCUCAGGCUGCUCGAAGAGGCUCUGAACACCAUAGGAGAAGCCAGAAGGUCACCAGCCCAGAGCGCUGCCGCUGUUUCCCACCGCCAAACCGCGGAUUUCUGCGUGUUAAAGAUAGGAAAUGGAGGGUCAGGCCUGCUGAUCAAUCAUGUGUACGUUGGCCAGGCCAUCGCGUUCUGGAAGAAAUCUCGUGGACUGGACAAUCAUGAUGUGGCUCUAUACAAGUUCUGCAACGGGAUGAACUUGUCGCAGUUGAAGUCAAAUCAGAUUUAUUCUUCUCACCAGGGGCAAAUCACCUCGUUCAGAGAUACGGAGAGCAUCAGUGAACUGGUGAAGCACCUCUGGCCCCGAAAGAAGUGCUUUUCCACUCUCAACGAACAGUGGGGGAAGUACGUUAAAUGUCCCCACGACUUCAUGUAUCAGAGUUGGGCGUGUUCAACAACGGAACCGGACUCGAAAACAAAGUCAAAGAGCAGCCGUCGGUAA